GGGCGGUCAGGGGGUUGGAGCGGCGCGGGGAGGUGAGGGCGGUCAGGGGCUGGUUGGGCUGAGAAGGUGAGGGAGCUGUGGGGUGAGCCGGCUAAGGGCGCUGAGGGACAACGGGCUGAGGGGUCUGAGAAGGGUGAGGGAGAACGGGUUGAGAGGGCUGAGAAGGAUGAGGGAGAAUGGGCUAAGGGGGCUGAGAGGAGGAGGGGGGUUGAGGAGGGUGAGGGAGAACAGGGUGAGGGGGCUGAGAAGUUGAGAGAGAACAGGGUGAGGGGGCUAAGAGGGCUCAGAAGGGUGAGGGAGAACGGGCUAAGGAGGCUGAGAGGCUGAGGGAGUGGACGGUGAUGUGAGGAAUAAAGGCGUCUCCUGACAAGGAUUAGGGGAACAGCAGGGUUGUACACAGGUAUUGCUGCAACAAGUUAAGUUCUUCAUUCAGUGCAUGCGUUUUUUGGCUGCUGGAACGUGUGCUGGCACCUCUUAAAACAAGUUUUGUUCAGGGUCGUGCAUCUGUGGCUGAGUUCUGUCAGCUUCCUUGGGCCAGCAGUGGGUGGUUUGUAUUGGUGCUAUUUAUCUGAAUCUUCACCGUAGGCAGUGGAAGGAUAGUGGUUUUUUGUUUUUUUUUUUAGCUGUGAUUUUCACCUCACACUUGCAGGUGGGAUCUUGGGAGACCCUCAGGUGUUGCACAUCCAGAGGAAGAGUGAGUUGUGAGUGCAGGGGUUGUUUGGCAGUCCUGGCUGAGGACAGAAGGCUGGCUGGUGCUGCAGCAGUGUCCCUGCAGUGUCCCCAGGCCCAGGCAUGGAGAAGUGGAGCCUGAUGACAAUCACGGUGCUGCUGGCACUCACCGUGCGCUGGGCUGUGUCCCUGGGCUCCUACUCAGGGGCAGGAAAACCACCCAUGUAUGGAGACUAUGAGGCUCAGAGGCACUGGCAAGAAAUCACCUACAACUUACCCAUCAGGCAGUGGUACUUCAAUACAAGCGACAACAACCUGCUGUACUGGGGCCUUGAUUACCCACCUCUCACUGCCUAUCACAGUUUUGUGUGUGCUUACAUUGCAAAGUUAAUAAAUCCUGAUUGGGUUGCUCUGCACACAUCUCGGGGCUAUGAGAGUCAGCCCCAUAAGUUAUUUAUGCGUACAACAGUGUUUGUUGCUGAUUUGCUGGUUUAUAUCCCUGCAGUUAUUUUAUAUUGUUUUUCCUUGAAAGAAACAUCUGCUAAAAAAAAGGUUUCCAGUGCUCUCUGCAUCCUGCUUUACCCAGGCCUCAUCCUUAUUGACCAUGGGCACUUCCAAUACAACUCAGUGAGCCUUGGCUUGGCCUUGUGGGCUGUCCUUUGUUUGUCCCAUGACUGGGACCUCCUGGGCUCCGUGGCCUUUUGCUUGGCCUUAAAUUAUAAGCAAAUGGAGCUCUACCAUUCCCUGCCCUUUUUUUGCUAUUUACUUGGAAAGUGCUUCAAGAAGGGACUGAAGGGAAAGGGGUUGGUGCUCUUGGCCAAACUGGCAGGGACAGUGCUGGUGUCCUUCGCUGCCUGCUGGCUCCCGUUCGGCACCGACGUGGAACAAAUCAUGCAAGUACUCAGAAGACUCUUUCCCAUUGACAGAGGCUUGUUUGAGGAUAAAGUAGCCAAUAUUUGGUGCAGUCUAAGUGUCCUUAUAAAGAUAAAGAAUGUAAUAUCCCCUCGAACUCAGCUAAAACUCAGUUUUGCUGUGACAUUCCUGAGCCUGCUCCCUGCCUGUAUCAAGCUCACUGUCCAGCCUUCCCUGCGAGCCUUUAAAUUUGCCUUGGUCAGCUGUGCCUUGUCAUUUUUCCUGUUCUCCUUUCAAGUCCAUGAAAAAUCUAUUCUUCUCGUCUCAGUCCCAGUCUGCUUAAUCAUAAAUGAAAUCCCCUUUAUGGCCACGUGGUUCCUACUCGUGUCAACUUUCAGCCUGCUGCCGCUGCUGCUGAAGGACGAGCUGCUGCUGCCCUACGCCGUGACCACGCCCGCCUUCCUGGCCGUGUGCCUGGCCUCCUUCUCCAUCCUGGAGAAGACCUCUGCAGAGGACCUGCAGCUCAAGGCCUUCUCCCUUUCCCUCAGGGGUUAUGUGUCCUGGUUCAAGUCCUUCCCCAGGAUUGUCAGGAGCCUGUUCCUGCUGUCCCUGUCCCUGAUGGGAGUCCUGUCAGUGCUCAGUGCUGCGCUGCCUCCUCCCCAGCGCCUGCCCGACUUGUUCCCCGUGGCCGUGGCCACGGUGUCCUGCCUGCACUUCCUGCUCUUCCUGCUGUAUUUUAACGUUGUGAUACUCUGGGACUCCAAGAAUAAAGGGCAGAAGAAAAUCAGCUAAUGAAGCUGGAGCUGCAGGACUGAGAGUGCUCAGUGAGAGGUGCCAGCACUGCAGAGGAGCCUGUGUGUGAUGGACACAACUCGAGAAAGCCAGGAAAAACCUUUUGCUUACUUAAACACAAAACAAUCAAAGACUGUUUUAAAGGAGAAGUAUUUUGAAGAGCAUUGAGAAUGGGAUUUAAUUUGUUUUCUUUGGAAGUGUUAUACUUUUGUUACCAUUUGUAAACCUAAAAUACCUAAUAAAGGACCAAAU